AUGCCUAUACAACAUGUCAUUAAAUGUGCACAAUGUGGAAUGGUUUUUCCUAAUGAUGAUGCACUUGUUAAACAUAAAACAAGAUUUUGUGUUGGUGUUAAAGAUUCUGGUAUAGGAAGAAAAGUUUAUUAUUCUGAUGAUGAUUUUAAUACUGGACAUGCAAGAAAACCUUAUCAAUCUGAUCGACCUACAUCCAGAAAAGGUGUAAAAUAUUCACAGUCGCUUGAUAAAAAACGAGAUGAUAUACAUGAGUGGAAAACUAAACGAUCUAUGCUUCAAAAUAUAAAAGAUCAAGAAGAUCGAGCAUAUUAUGAAUCUCACACACCACGAAAACACAAAAAUAAUACUAAAAGACAUAAUGAUGAUUAUGAUUUAAUAUCCGAGGAAUAUCAACGAUUGGAAGCACAAGAACGUGAUAUUUUAAGACAAAUGGCUAAUUUACAAACUCAACCUGAAUCACAAUUAUAUCAAUCAAAUGGUUUAAGUAAUUCUGAAAGAAAUCAAUUAGAAGCAUUAAAACGAGAAAAUGCACGUCUUGAACAAGAACGUCGACGUAAUUUGGGAUUUAAUUUAAAUUCGUUAUCUGAUAAUGACCCAUUAACAACAAUACCAAAUUAUGAACCACAUAAGUUAUUACGUGAUAUGAAAGAACAACGAGAUCGUAGUCAAAGAAAUUUACAAUAUCUUGAUGAUCGACGAGCAUAUUCAACUGAACUUCCAUCUUUACCAUAUCUUCAUGCUACUAAAAGACGAACAUCUGGUGAUGAUCUUAGAAAUGCACGUAAUAAAUAUUUACAAUCAGGUGGUCAUAAUGCAGCUGUUCUUAUUAGUUAUUCGGAUAUGGAAAAUAGAUUAACUCAAUAUCAACCUUAUUCAGGAAUAAAAGAUAAUCCUGAACCAUUGAGACGUCAAAAAUUUCAUGCAAUUCCACCAUUUCCUGGAAUUGACUCUUCAAAUACUAAAGUAACAACAUUGAAAAGUGAGAAUCAACGAUUACAAAAUGAACUUGAUGAUAUACGACGUAGAUUUCAUGGACUUGAUUCACGUACAAAAAAAUUAGAAACAGGUUUACCAACAAAUCGAGGACCUGAACCGGUACCAUACGUUAAUGGUUAUCAACCAAUGAAUUCUCUAAUACAUUCGUCUGUACGUCAAACUGAUCAUAUAGCACGUCAGGAUAAACCGUAUCUAAUUGGCAAUGAUACACUUACGACUCCACCAUAUGAUCCAAUUGAUGGUUUUGUAAUAUUUUUUGAUUUUAUUGCUAAUUUACCUCAAACAUUUGAUCGAGUUCGAUUAAUAACUAGUCUUCAUCAUGAACAAACAGGUCUUGGUGAACCAUCACAAUUAGAUUCAUGUAGAUGUGAAUUAUCUGCUGAUGAUAUAAGUAAUACAACAAUGCGUACAGCUUAUAUUGCUACAAAACAACCUGUACCAAGAUGUCCAGCACAACAAGCAUUAAAACUCGUUAUUGAAGUACAAAGCACAUUAAUAGCAACACCAAAUGAAUCAUUUCAUACAGCUUCUUGGGCUAAAAUGCCAAUAUUUGAUUAUAAAAAUCGUUUAUUAGUUGGUCGAUGGAAAACACCAUUAAAAUCAUUACCUAUUCAACACGAUGAACGACUUUCUAUUAUUAAUACAUAUUCAAAUUUUGGAAAUGCUGAAUUAUACUAUCGACUAGUCAAUGUUCGAGAUGCAGCUGAUUAUUCCAAUUCAGCAUUAAUACCUAAAUCCAGAGAGUUAUAUAAUUAUCCUCCAAAUGAGUGA